GCCCCGCCUCCGUCCCCUGGCCUGCCCCCAUCAUGGGCCGCGAUGAUGGCGGCCUUGUACCCGAGCACGGACCUCUCGGGCGUCUCCUCCUCCUCCCUGCCUUCUUCCCCAUCCUCUUCGUCCCCGAACGAGGUGAUGGCGCUGAAGGAUGUGCGGGAGGUGAAGGAGGAGAAUACCCUGAAUGAGAAGCUUUUCUUGCUGGCGUGCGACAAGGGUGACUAUUAUAUGGUUAAAAAGAUUUUGGAGGAAAAUUGUUCAGGUGACUUGAACAUAAAUUGCGUAGAUGUGCUUGGGAGAAAUGCUGUUACCAUAACUAUUGAAAACGAAAACUUGGAUAUACUGCAGCUUCUUUUGGACUACGGUUGUCAGUCCACAGAUGCACUUUUGGUGGCAAUCGACUCUGAAGUAGUGGGAGCUGUUGAUAUACUACUUAAUCAUCGACCAAAACGAUCAUCAAGACCAACUAUAGUAAAACUAAUGGAACGGAUUCAGAAUCCGGAGUAUUCAACAACUAUGGAUGUUGCGCCUGUCAUUUUAGCUGCUCAUCGUAACAACUAUGAAAUUCUUACAAUGCUGUUAAAGCAGGAUGUAUCUCUACCCAAGCCCCAUGCAGUUGGCUGUGAAUGCACAUUGUGUUCUGCAAAAAACAAAAAGGACAGCCUCCGGCAUUCCAGGUUUCAGCUGAGCAUUUACAGGCUGUUGGGUGCCCAACUUAUUCUCUCACUAGCCACUCUUCAGAAACCCUAUAUGGGUAGCUAUGAACUGUCUGCUCCCAUAAAGAUUUAUAGUCUUGAAACUGUUGCAUUUUGUAGGAAUGACUAUGAGGAACUAGCUCGGCAAUGUAAAAUGUUUGCUAAAGAUUUGCUUGCACAAGCCCGGAAUUCACGUGAAUUGGAGGUGAUCCUAAACCAUACAUCUAGUGAUGAGCCACUUGACAAACGGGGAUUACUUGAAGAAAGAAUGAAUUUAAGUCGUCUAAAACUUGCUAUAAAAUAUAAUCAAAAGGAGUUUGUCUCUCAAUCUAACUGCCAGCAGUUCCUGAAUACUGUUUGGUUUGGACAGAUGUCAGGUUACCGACGUAAGCCCACCUGUAAGAAGAUAAUGACCGUUUUGACAGUUGGCAUCUUUUGGCCUGUUUUGUCACUCUGUUAUUUGAUAGCUCCCAAAUCUCAGUUUGGCAGAAUCAUUCAUACACCUUUUAUGAAGUUUAUUAUUCAUGGAGCAUCAUAUUUCACAUUUCUGCUUUUGUUAAACCUGUACUCUCUUGUCUACAAUGAGGAUAAGAAAAACACAAUGGGGCCAGCUCUUGAAAGAAUAGACUAUCUUCUUAUACUGUGGAUUAUUGGGAUGAUUUGGUCAGACAUUAAAAGACUCUGGUAUGAAGGGCUGGAAGACUUUUUAGAAGAAUCUCGUAAUCAACUCAGUUUUGUCAUGAAUUCCCUUUAUUUGGCAACCUUUGCUCUCAAAAUGGUUGCUCAUAACAAGUUUCAUGAUUUUGCUGAUCGGAAGGACUGGGAUGCAUUUCAUCCUACACUGGUGGCAGAAGGACUUUUUGCAUUCGCAAAUGUUCUGAGUUAUCUUCGACUCUUCUUUAUGUAUACAACCAGCUCCAUCUUGGGGCCACUACAGAUUUCUAUGGGCCAGAUGUUACAAGACUUUGGAAAAUUUCUUGGGAUGUUCCUUCUUGUUUUGUUUUCUUUCACAAUUGGACUGACACAACUAUAUGAUAAAGGCUAUACACCAAAAGAGCAGAAGGACUGUGUGGGCAUCUUCUGUGAGCAGCAAAGCAACGACACAUUUCACUCGUUCAUUGGCACCUGCUUUGCUUUGUUCUGGUAUAUUUUUUCCCUAGCGCAUGUGGCAAUCUUUGUUACAAGGUUUAGCUAUGGAGAAGAACUGCAGUCGUUUGUUGGAGCUGUCAUUGUUGGUACCUACAAUGUCGUGGUUGUGAUCGUGCUGACGAAGCUGCUGGUGGCAAUGCUUCAUAAAAGCUUUCAGUUGAUAGCAAAUCAUGAAGACAAAGAAUGGAAGUUUGCUCGAGCAAAGUUGUGGCUUAGCUACUUUGAUGACAAAUGUACAUUACCCCCGCCUUUCAACAUCAUCCCUUCACCGAAGACUAUCUGCUAUAUGAUUAGUAGCCUCAGUAAGUGGAUAUGCUCUCAUACAUCAAAAGGCAGGGUCAAACGGCAAAACAGUUUGAAGGAAUGGAGGAACUUGAAACAAAAGAGAGAUGAAAACUACCAAAAAGUGAUGUGCUGUUUAGUGCAUCGUUACUUGACUACUAUGAGACAGAAGAUGCAAAGUACAGAUCAGGCAACUGUGGAAAACUUAAAUGAACUACGCCAAGAUCUGUCAAAAUUCAGAAAUGAAAUAAGGGACUUGCUUGGGUUUCGGACUUCUAAAUAUGCUAUGUUUUAUCCAAGAAAUUAA